CCCACUACCCGUAAAAAGAAAAAAAAGAAAGAAACCACCACCGGUCAGGGUGGUCAGGGAAAGCCGAGCCGAGCUCCCUCGAUCCCUUUCUCUGAGCGCCAAAAACUCGCUCGUUAGACUUCGCCUCAAUUUGCAGACACGUGGAAAAGGCGGGCGACGCUCCCCCGCCCGCGCCUGUCCCGUCUGCAGGCCAGGGCAACAGGAGAGAGCAGGAACGGCCCCGGCUUGAGAGAGCUCGCGUCGGGAAGGAGGCAAGGGACGCGCCGCCUCCGGAGACGCUAGGAAGGAGGAAGGAGCGGGCGAGUCCUGCGGCUCUCUGAGGGGAAUGCCGCCGCCGCCUCGCCUCCUUUAAGCGCGCGUCUGCCCCCGCCUGCGACUCCUUCCUUCCAAGGGGGGCGCUUCUUGCUCUUGUCGCCGCGCUGCAUGGGGCGCCAGCGCUUGGCGCUUUCCAGAUAUGGUCUCGGUGGAGGCGGAGAGCUCUCUGUGAUCGCCGGCAUCGGCGGUGUCUGGCCCGGCGGGAGGAGCAAGGAGCGAACGAGGUAGAAGGCGGCCAGGAGGAGCGCUCGACUGGCGCCCAGAAUCAAGUCAGCCGGGUUGCUUGCGGGCGGCUCGGUCUGCAGGUUAGAAAAGCUUUGGAAAUUGGUCUGACAGAACAAUCAUGAUCGGAUUAAGGAAUUCAACUGCCUUGCCUGGUGGUCUUCUCCUUUUAAUUGUUGCAUUUUUGCUAUGCCAUGUGGACAAAGUACAUACAGAACAUCAACCUGAAGAAACCAAUCAUUCAAAAGAAUGUUCUGGUUCCUAUAUCUGUAAGAAAGGUGUAAUUUUGCCAAUUUGGGAACCUCAAGAUCCUUCAUUUGGUGAUAAAAUAGCAAGAGCUACUGUAUAUUUUGUGGCCAUGGUCUACAUGUUUCUAGGAGUGUCUAUUAUAGCAGAUCGUUUCAUGUCAUCCAUAGAAGUUAUUACUUCCCAAGAGAGAGAGAUAACAAUCAAGAAACCCAAUGGUGAGACCAGCAAGACAACAGUAAGAGUUUGGAAUGAAACUGUAUCGAACUUAACAUUGAUGGCUUUGGGCUCUUCUGCACCUGAGAUCCUCCUAUCUGUCAUUGAAGUGUGUGGCCAUGGCUUCAAGGCAGGAGACCUUGGGCCAAGCACUAUUGUAGGAAGUGCUGCCUUUAAUAUGUUUGUCAUUAUAGCCAUUUGUGUUUAUGUUGUCCCUGAUGGAGAAAUCAGGAAGAUUAAGCAUCUUCGUGUGUUUUUUGUCACUGCAGCUUGGAGCAUUUUUGCCUAUACUUGGCUGUAUUUAAUUUUGUCAGUUAUAUCACCUGGAGUAGUAGAAGUCUGGGAAAGUUUACUCACUUUCUUCUUUUUUCCUAUCUGUGUCGUGUUUGCAUGGGUUGCUGAUCGAAGGCUUUUAUUCUACAAGUAUGUCUACAAGAAGUACAGAGCUGGAAAGCAGAGAGGCAUGAUAAUUGAACAUGAGGGUGAGGGGCCACAAUCUAAGGCUGAUAUUGAAAUGGAUGGAAAGAUAGUUAAUUCCCAUGUUGAAAGUUUCUUGGAUGGCACUCUGGUCCUAGAGGUGGAUGAGAAGGAUCAAGACGAUGAAGAAGCAAGGAGAGAAAUGGCUAGAAUCCUGAAGGAAUUGAAACAGAAGCAUCCAGACAAAGAGAUUGAACAGCUAAUAGAACUAGCUAAUUAUCAAGUUCUGAGUCAGCAACAAAAGAGUCGCGCCUUUUAUCGCAUUCAGGCUACUCGGUUAAUGACUGGAGCUGGCAACAUAUUGAAGCGACAUGCAGCUGACCAAGCACGAAAAGCAGUCAGUAUGCAUGAGGUCAACUGUGAAGUAGCAGACAAUGACCCUAUCAGUAAGGUCUAUUUUGAGCAGAGCACCUACCAGUGCCUUGAGAACUGUGGCACAGUAGCUCUAACAAUUGCCCGUAGAGGUGGUGAUUUGACCAAAACAGUCUUGGUUGAUUUCAGAACAGAAGAUGGUACAGCCAAUGCAGGGUCUGAUUACGAGUUCACUGAAGGGACAGUGGUAUUUAAGCCAGGUGAGACACAAAAAGAAAUAAGAGUUGGUAUAAUUGAUGAUGACAUAUUUGAGGAAGAUGAGAAUUUCCUUGUUCACCUCAAUAAUGUGAAAGUGUCAGAACGAUCUGAAGAAGGUGUUCUAGAGGGCAACCACGUUGCAACUGUGGCUUGCCUGGGGUCACCUGCUACAGCCACGGUUACAAUCUUUGAUGAUGAUCAUGCUGGCAUAUUUACUUUCGAGGAACCAGUCACUCAUGUAAGUGAGAGUGUGGGGACCAUGGAAGUGAAAGUGCUACGGACAUCUGGAGCGCGAGGAAACGUUAUUGUGCCAUAUAAAACAAUUGAAGGCACAGCCAAGGGAGGCGGUGAGGACUUCGAGGACACCUGUGGAGAGCUUGAAUUUCAGAACGAUGAGAUUGUCAAAACGAUAUCUAUCAAAGUAAUUGAUGAUGAGGAGUAUGAGAAAAACAAGACCUUCUACGUUGAAAUUUGGGAGCCCCGUCUGGUGGAGAUGAGUGAAAAGAAAGCCCUGUUGUUGAAUGAGCUUGGUGGCUUCACAAUUACAGGCAAGCCUGUCUUCAGGAAAGUUCAUGCUAGAGACCAUCCCCUUCCUUCUACUGUAAUCAACAUUCAAGAAGAGAAUGAAGAGAAGCAGCUUCUGACAAGCAAAGAGGAGGAAGAACGCCGCAUUGCUGAAAUGGGGCGCCCCAUCCUGGGGGAGCACACAAAGCUAGAAGUGAUUAUUGAAGAGUCCUACGAGUUCAAGAACACUGUGGACAAGCUUAUUAAGAAGACAAAUCUAGCUCUUGUGGUUGGAACAAACAGCUGGAGAGAGCAGUUCAUUGAGGCUAUCACUGUUAGUGCUGGAGAGGAUGAUGAUGAUGAUGAAUGUGGCGAAGAGAAGCUACCAUCCUGCUUUGAUUAUGUGAUGCACUUUCUGACCGUCUUCUGGAAAGUCCUUUUUGCCUUUGUGCCCCCAACAGACUACUGGAAUGGUUGGGCUUGUUUUGUAGUGUCCAUCCUCAUGAUUGGCCUUCUCACAGCUUUCAUUGGGGAUUUGGCAUCCCAUUUUGGCUGCACAAUUGGCCUGAAGGAUUCUGUAACUGCAGUUGUAUUUGUUGCAUUGGGAACUUCAGUACCAGAUACAUUUGCCAGCAAAGUAGCAGCAACACAAGAUCAAUAUGCAGAUGCUUCCAUAGGUAAUGUCACUGGUAGCAACGCUGUGAAUGUUUUCCUGGGAAUCGGCGUAGCCUGGUCCAUUGCUGCAAUCUACCAUGCAGCCAAUGGGGAGACAUUUGCAGUCCAACCAGGCACCCUGGCUUUCUCUGUCACCCUCUUCACUAUAUUUGCUUUUAUCAGUGUUGGUGUGCUCCUCUACCGGCGAAGACCAGAGAUUGGAGGUGAGCUAGGCGGGCCACGGACUGCCAAGAUUCUGACCUCAAGCCUCUUUGUGCUGCUCUGGCUCUUGUACAUAUUUUUCUCAUCUCUGGAAGCCUACUGCCACAUAAAGGGCUUCUAAAGAAACAAUUGAAGAUAGUAUCUAUAUAUACAUCUAUAUAUAGAAAGAGAGAGAUAUAGAUAUAGAUCUAAUAUUAUUGAACAGAGGAUAAAAGACAUUUGCCAUGUUCACUUACCUAUUGAUGGAAUGUAGCUUUGUGGUAGGAGUUUGAAAUCUGCAGGAGUCUUCACCAGGAGCAGCAGCAUUGCAAUGGAGACGUGGAUGCAGGGCCAUCUUUGCAACUCAG